AUGAAAUUCGGCAAGACUUUCCAGAGUUACCAAACUCGUUUGCACGAGUCAUCAGAGAUCCCAUCCAGGUUUGCUCAGGUUGACUACCGAGCUUUGAAGAAGAUUCUUAAGCGAUGCCUCUCCUCGCGAGCUCACAGCGACGCCAUUCCAGCAUGCGCGCCCAGCCCGCCAGAGGACGCUUCCAAAAACGCCCUCAACUCCGUCAACCCCGUCGACGUUAUUAACUCCGUCAACUUUGACGCUGUCAAGCCGGCGGCCGGUUGUCCUCAGUGCGACGACGAGUUUUUCAAGCUUCUGGAGGAAGAGCUGCGAAGCAUCGAGCGAAGCUUCACUCGCGAGGCGGCUCGCGUCAUCAGCUGCCAUAACGCGCACGGGCUGUCGGCGAUACUUUCGCGCUUCUCCGAUUACAGCAAGCCCGAGGUCAUGUACUGUGCAGCAUCGAGCCUGCUGGAGCACCUCGCCCUCAGCUACCUCGCUACAAGGAAAAUCGUUAAGAAGUACGUGAAGGUGCACAGUAGUUCUGUGAAAACGGGGGUCAGUAACGGGGAUGUGUCGGACAUGGCUGAGAGCCACGGAGCCGGCGGAAACGGCGGAAACGCGGAGCAACUGGAAGGAAUUCGGCUGCUGCAGCAGCGCAUUUUACGGUCGCCUCUCAUGCUGGAGCUGACCGCGUUGCUGUCGAACCUGAGCUAUGCGCUCGAGCAGAAGCAGCUGAAGCUGCAGCUGAAGCAGCAGCAGCAGCAGCAGCAGCAACAGCAGCGGCAUCAGGGCUGCGGUCAUGGUGAAGCAGGUUCCGGCUGCUCGCCAGCACCGCUCACCAGGGGGGAGAGGCGCGAGCAGCGGCAGCGCCAGCAGCUGUUCGGGUGCAACCACCAUCACAUGCACCGCUACUGCCACGACCCCCGCUGCCCGGGGUUUGACCCCCAGCGCAGCAAGGAACACUGCGACCGCAAGUGGCGCUACCAGCACCUGCGCUGGCUGCACAUUCUCGCGCCCAUGCAGAGCACCUGGACGGGCGGCGGCGGGGGCGCGGCAGGUGUUUUUUCAGGUAGGCUGCCGUGGAGCCCGGGGAAGGGGCUUGCUGAUGGCCGUUCAGGCGAUUCUCCAGGUGGUUUCUCAGGUGGGGGGAGUGGGAGUCCUGCUGCGGUGAGGGAGGUGGAGGAGCGUGUGUGGAGCGAUGAGGAGGACGGUGACGAGGAGGAGCAGGUGGAGGUAGUGCCUCUAACGGAAUGUGGGUGUAGCUUGGACCUUUUUGAGGGUUCUGCUGGUUCAUUGGCAAGGGACCAAGUGACCGAACCACAGCUUAUGGCUGAAAGCGGUGGCAGUGGUGCUGUUGCUGGUGGUGGGGGCGGCAGCGGUGGAAUGGGGGUAUUUGGAAGCGGAAACAGCAUCGGCAGUGGCAGUCAAGGUCAAAGCAGCUCGGAAGGGGCGCUGAGCGCGGGGGUGGGUCUGGGCGACAGGGGCUUGGUAAACGAGUGCAGCGAUGGUGGUGGUGGUGCUGCUGCUGAUACCAUGUGGAGCUGUUUCAGCAGCAGUGAGAGUCUGCUUGGGGGUCAGAGUGUUGGGAGUGAGAACCCAAUGGCCGUCAGCUCAGGUGGAACUCCAGAGCAUUUGCCAGGGCAGGAGCUGCAGCAGGAGGGGGAGGAGGAGGAGGAGAACCAGCAGCAGUCAGAGCAGGUAGAGCAGUCAGAGCAGGCACACCAGCAGCAUGAGCAGCAGCAUGGGGGGUCGGAGCAGGUGCUGGAGCUACAGCUGAGGCCCGAGUUCCACGCCCACGUGGAGUUCAAGUGCCCCGUCUGCCUUGUGAGUGCUGCUUCCCUGCUUCGGUAUCCUCAUUCUCGUGCAGCAUAA